CGUCACACACAGGACGCAACCACACCGCUGGCGACUGGGUUUCCGGUUCUGGUCGUUUCCCCUGGCGACAAACAGCUUCGUGGCGACACUGACAAUAUUUACUAACUGAAACGCUAUAUUGUAGCCUCCGGUUCGUUUUCCUGGUAUCUGUGUCCUCCCGUUUUAACCGUAAAUCAGUGUACGUUGAGGCAGCACGGUAAGAGUGGAUCAUGCCGAGCAGAGCAGCAGUGUUGUGUUAGUAGAGUCAAAAUGGCGUCUGCUUGCCCACUCAACACUCGUUUAAUCCAUCUGUGAUUAGCCUGAUAGACAGUGUCAGCCGGCCUGUGACUAUUAUCCCGGUGGUUUUGGUUCGGUUUUCCACGCUGACACAGUCGGAGCACAUUUCAGCGUCAUGUCGGACUCGGAGGAGGACACCCAGGACAGGCAGCUUAAAAUUGUAGUGAUUGGAGACGGUGCGUGUGGGAAGACAUCACUCGCCACCAGGUUUGCACAGGAGGCCUUUGGGAAGCAGUACAAACAAACCAUCGGCCUGGAUUUCUUUCUGAAGAGAAUAAGCCUUCCAGGAAACUUGAACGUGACCCUGCAGGUGUGGGACAUCGGAGGCCAAACGUUAGGAGGGAAAAUGCUGGAUAAAUACGUAUACGGAGCUCAUGGGGUUCUCCUGGUUUACGACAUCACCAACUACCAGAGCUUUGAGAAUCUGGAGGAUUGGUUCAGCAUGGUGAAGAAGGCCAACGAGGAAUCUGACAUCCAGCCUGUCGUCUCCCUGAUUGGGAACAAAAUCGACCUGGAGCACAUGAGGACAGUGAAAGCUGACAAACACCAGCGUUUCUGCCAAGAGAACAGCCUCAUCAGUCAGUUCGUAUCAGCCAAGACGGGGGACUCGGUGUACCUUUGUUUCCAGAGAGUGGCUGCUGAGAUUCUUGGUGUAAAGCUAAACAAAGCAGAAAUAGAGCAGUCCCAGAGGAUUGUGAAGGCUGAGCUCGUGGACUACCCUCAGGAUGAAGGCCCGAUUAGACAAGACAACAACCAGCAAAGCAAAAUAUGUUCUGUUCAAUAGUUGGAAGUAUGUCUCCACAGUUUACACUGGUAUAUUUCAGUAGGUCUUAGAGGGCAACAGUUGCCUUGUAGUUGUAGUAAAUAUUGCAGUCAUGGUGGAUGUAUUUGGUGCCUGUGGUUCAGAUUAGAGUUCUAGAAGAAGUAAAGAAACCCGUCAGACUAAUAGACCCUAAUCACACCUCCUCUGUUAUGUUGUGUUAUCACAGAGUUGACAGUAUUUUGCUAAACUGUCUUAGAAAUCUAACUUUUGUGUAUUUUUCUAAAUUGUUUGACAGUGAUGUAGUGAGAAAAGUCUUCAUGAUGAUAACAGAGAAGCCUCCUGACUGGCUGGGGGUACACAAAUAUUCUGACCAUGGAUUUUGAGCCAUGUGAAAUGUUACAGGAAUAGUUUGUUUAUCCGCUUUAUUGCCAUGAGUUGGAUGAGAAGGUCGAUGUCACUCUCAUGUCUGUGCACCUUCACUUGAAGCUACAGCCAGAAGUCCUGAAGUCUUUGUCAUACCCUUUGUCCACCAAAAUAAGCAAGUUUUUUAAACAUUUUUAAACACGAGAAAACCUGCUAAAAAUAAGUGAUAGACUCCUUCCACAUUGCUUGCAGACCUAGAGCUGCGUACAUGGCUCUGCAGCAGACAAGCCUGCCUUUCUGUUUUUUGACUGGUGUGUCACGUUCCUCUAUGCGGCUUUCUAAUUUUUAACUAACCUAUUUUCCAUCAUGAUGUGCUGGAAAACAGGUUAGUAAACAGUAGAAAGCAGCAUGGUGGCCAAUGAAAAUGCCACAGUGGUUUCUCCUUUUUUUAUUUAUUUUUUUUUUAAAAUAUAUCUCUUACUUAUUUAGUCCACUUUUCAAACUCAGUGCCGAUUAAUUUGGAUCGAUGUUCAAGCGCUGGGGUGCAGAGACGGGCGGUAUUUUGUGGUGGCAUGUCAUUAAAUCUCAUCAGUAAAGGGGCUUAAAUUACGCCGUUUACGCCGUGGGUGUUGUAUUUCCAUCACUGCUGAUCAGAGCCGGAGCCGAUAAAUACCCGUGACUGCAGCAGACUCAUUUGACCCAGGCCAAUGAAACCUUAAAGCAGCAGCAAAAGCCAGAUGUUAGCGGGUGUUAGUGGGGAUUUUUUGUGCAGUGGGAAAGGGGCUUUAGUUACCCUGCAACCUCAUGAUAGUGACAGGACACUCGCCAAGAUUUUUUUUUUUUUUUUUUUUUUAAAUGUCAUUUUGUGUAUCUGUACGGUGUCCUUGAGUACCAAGAAAGGCGCCUUCAAAUAAAAUUUAUUAUUAUUAUUAUUAUUAUUAUUAAAUAGCCUUGAAGUUAAAAACUGCAACUUGGAUUAAACAAACAAGAUAUAACUCCUUACAGAGUGAGCUUUAAAGAUGAUGGUAGGCAGCUUUUGUCACAUUUGGACAGAACUGGAUUAGCUGUUUCCAUCGUUUCCAGUAUUUGUGCUAAGCUAAGCUAACCGGCAACAGCUGUAGCUUCAUAUUUAUUGUACAGACACGGGAGUGGCAUCGAUCCUCUCGUUUAACUGUUGGCUAUAAAGUGAAGAUAUGUAUUUCCCAUUAUGUCUUUACCUGAACUAUUCCUGUCAUAAAGUCAGUUUUUUUUAAAUUGCAGUGUUUAUUUCACUGCAAGUCUUUGUAAAGCCGUUUAAUGUGGUGGACUCAAUUUUAUCGGUAACCUCAAGGGAUGUCACUAGGUCUUUUUCUUUUUAAAUAACUUGUUUAAAAUUUAACAUUGUGAUGCUUUGACUCUUAGCUUAUUAACUUUGUGUGUGUUUAUCUGUCUUUGCAUCA